UGGCGCCCUCUUGGUCGGCGUUUCCGGGCGGGUCCUUCCGACGGCCCCCGCGGUGAUUCCAUCAUUCGGCUUCCUUCCCGGCCUGCCUCGCGCCCGGGCCGGGCUGGGCCAGAGCAGCCCAAGAUGGCCGACUUCGAGGAUCGGGUGUCGGAUGAGGAGAAGGUACGCAUAGCUGCUAAAUUCAUCACUCAUGCGCCCCCAGGGGAAUUUAAUGAAGUGUUCAAUGAUGUCCGGCUACUACUUAAUAAUGACAAUCUCCUCAGGGAAGGGGCAGCACAUGCAUUUGCCCAGUAUAACAUGGAUCAGUUCACGCCUGUGAAGAUAGAAGGAUAUGAAGAUCAGGUCUUAAUUACAGAACACGGUGACCUGGGUAAUAGCAGAUUUUUAGAUCCAAGAAACAAAAUUUCCUUUAAGUUUGAUCAUUUACGGAAAGAAGCAAGUGACCCCCAGCCAGAGGACAUAGAUGGAGGGCUGAAGUCUUGGAGAGAAUCGUGUGACAGUGCUCUAAGGACCUAUGUGAAAGAUCAUUAUUCCAACGGCUUCUGUACUGUUUAUGCUAAAACUAUAGAUGGGCAACAGACCAUUAUUGCAUGUAUUGAAAGCCACCAGUUUCAGCCUAAAAACUUCUGGAAUGGUCGUUGGAGAUCAGAGUGGAAGUUCACCAUCACACCACCUACAGCCCAGGUGGUUGGAGUACUUAAGAUUCAGGUUCACUAUUAUGAAGAUGGCAAUGUUCAGUUGGUUAGUCAUAAAGAUGUACAGGAUUCAGUAACUGUUUCGAAUGAAGUCCAGACUGCCAAGGAGUUUAUUAAAAUCAUAGAGCAUGCAGAAAAUGAAUAUCAGACAGCAAUUAGUGAAAACUAUCAAACAAUGUCAGACACCACAUUCAAGGCCUUGCGCCGGCAGCUUCCGGUUACCCGCACCAAAAUCGACUGGAACAAGAUACUCAGCUACAAGAUUGGCAAAGAAAUGCAGAAUGCUUAAAGGCUGAAUGUAGGAUUCUUCAGUAUGUGGAAAGAAAGGAUUCAACAUGCGGUCAUAUGAUAAAUAAGUGAUUUAUAAACAAGAGUGAUAUUUUGCUAGGGCUUUCAAAGUUAACAGGUUUUCUAGCCUCAUGGAAUACUGUUGAACCUA